AUGGAUAGCGAGAUUCCCCUCCCUCCACCGCGGCGUCUGCGCCAUCGGUCUUCAUCGCGAGCCGGCCCCUCACCUGCAGCCUCGGUCGCUUCGUCAUUUCACAAAUCGCGCCGGUUGUCGCGGUUCGAUGAUCGCUCGAGCCAGCCUUCUAGUGACCCGGCGCUAUUCUCGAGCGACGACAUUCCCGCAUCUGGGCUUGAAAAUUACAAUGCGCCUGUGGCGGGUGGCCCGGGGCGGAAGCGACGGUAUCGUGGGACUUGGUGGGGGGAACAGGCCGUGGACUCUAAGAGAAAGAGGGCCGAUUUCAAGGACAAGCGCCAUGUGGACAGUGGUGUCUGGAUGGGCAGUGAUGAGUCACUGGCGGAGUCUUCAUUGCCUUCAGAGGAUGGGCCAGCUUGGGGAGAGGAUCUUUUGAAAUCUGUUCUGGAUCCGCAGAGUAAGGGGAAAUUUCCCCUUGAGUCAUCUACGUUGAGAGCUCCUACUCCAGUGCAGGCUCAUUCUCGUCCAAUCCCUAUCUUUGUCAAGGGUGGCGUGUCGGAAGAGCAUCGAAUUGCGAAGGAAAUCAUCAACAAUUGUCUUGAGAAGGGCGAGGACAGCAUUGAUCUUGGAAACCUGAAUCUUAAGAGCCUUGAGCCCGGCCUUUUAGCACCUUUGCAGCAUUUGACGAAGCUUCCAUCUGUUUCUGAGCCUCCAACAUCUGAAAACGCCUAUUCUUCUCUUCAGCCGUUCCUUCGCAUCUUCCUCCCGAACAACAACCUCACCAGCUUGGGUAGCGAGCUCUUCGAGCUAAAAGACCUCAAAGUCCUCAGCGUGCGAAGCAACAAAUUAACCACGCUUCCUUCCAACAUCCGCAACCUGACAUCCUUGCAAGUUCUCAACAUCGCAGUCAACGAACUUACUUCCCUCCCGUGGGAGCUUCUGGGUCUCCUCCAAGGAGAGCUGAAGCAUCUUUCUAUAUACCCGAACCCAUUCCCAUCAAUUGAAGAAAGUGAGGUUGCCGUCUGGCGUCAUGAAUCAAGCAAAGAAGGUGAAACUAGUAUUGAAGAGGUCCUCAAAUUCAAAGAAUACGAAGGCGAGCCUCCCUCGGACGCAUGGACCGCCAUUCACAUUGCAACAGGCCCAGUAAAGCGUCUAGACAUGGAUGGUCGGCCAGUUAACUCAUCAGCAUCACCCUCAGCACAGCACGCCCCAUCCCUCCGAGAACUCUCACUCCGCACAUUGGUCAAAAUGCCAGGCCUCGACCAGAUCACCGAGGAAGAACUUCUCGAUUUCCCUCCACUCGCGGUCCCCCUAAUUGCUUUGGCUCAGAAAUGGCAUGCAGAUGGUGGCUGGCACUGCUCGGUCUGUCAUCGGGAGUAUGUGAAUCCGCGCUCUGAGUGGACGGAGUGGUGGGAUUGUACACCUCAUGAGAACGGGAUGAAGAGGCCGCGGACUUCAGGAGAGAAGCUUCGUCCUUUGCCCUUCAGGCGCUUUGGGUGUAGUUGGGCUUGUGUUCCGGACUCAUAG